AUGUCCACACGCGAUACACCAAGCCUCAGCACCCCGUUCAACCCCAAACCUUCCAAUUCACACCUGAAUGAAUCCCUAGAGGGCAUUCCAAGGUAUCUUUUCCGUGUCUCGGACCCCUCUGCGCUCGGAACAACGACUGAGACCGAGGUGUGCUCUGAGGCCGCCAGGAUCUCGCCGGAACACCUACGCGACCUCUAUCAAUUGCCAUCACAGCAGGCUGCUCAGCUCCUCAAUACUCACUUGUGGGGGAACUGUUCACAUUCCGGCCUAGACAGAUGUAACCUGGUAUCCUGGACCAGCUCUCUUCUCGUAGCCCUCCAGCUCGGCUUCUUUUGUCACGGCCGCAGUUGGAACCCUCAAGAACUGUCCGAAAUCAAGGUUCUAAUGAUCGAUACUCGACAGUUCAAUUCAAGGGGUUUUGCUCGCGAUUUGCAGGCUAUUGCCGCUUUCAAAGAUGUAUCCGAAGUAGGAACCAAGCUCCGCUCACUUUAUGGGUUGCGCAGCAGCGGUCGGUUCUAUCCGGGAGAAUACCUUUCGCAAGGGAAGCUAACCAUCAGCCCCGAAAAGUCUUGCCAAGUAUCCAUGCAAGAACUCGUCAAUCGCGGUAUUCGAAAUGUUUGUUCUGGGUUGGGCAACGAUGCACACUGGGAUAAAUGGGCUAUACGGAUCAGAGAUCUACGGACCGAGCUUAAGUCUCAAUCGCCGCCAAUACGGAGUACUGAGGUUCAAGCAGCCAUCAACGUGGCAAAGGCUUUUGGGCAUUUUGAAAUACCUGGAGUCAUCAUGCUUCUCAGUCUUACCCCUUGUGACUUGUCUAGCGGCGGUGCGGCAAUCGUUGACAUGCUUCUCGGAGCAUACUCCAGGGCUUUUUCAGAGCAAGCCGUUAUUCGACAUGUUUCUUUCCCUUGGUUCAUCCCAGGCGCCGAUAGUGAAAGGUUGCCUGAAUUGGAGAGGUGGCGAGUUCUGAGCGACCGUAUUGGAAGGCACUUGACGCUGAACAUCGAUCAGUUAAGGCGAGAGUCGGAAGGAGGGGAUAGCGGGCAUGGUCAAGCAGAUGACCUGGCAAGUGGUUUCGCAAGUCUUGCAAUCCAAUCAGAUGACGUUAGCUGA